AGUCAGCUCUUUAGAGGCUGAGCAGCAGACCGCCGUGCCGGGCGUUGAGCAGCAGUGCGCAUUGCAAGACUCCGUCUCCGGCAGCAUGCGGACGCAGAGCAAUGAGAGAGUUGUCCCGCUGCCCGGGGGCAGCCGUGGGAGUGGGAGCUCCGGGCUGUCACCAGGUUCCGACUCAGACAGCAGCCCCGGGGCAGGGUUCGAGGGAGGCACGGGGAGCAGUUUGCGAGGUGUCUUGUCCCACUACUGGAGCCUGGAGAGCCUGCACUCCACCACAGCUAUGGUCAUUCCAGAUGGAACAACGGACAAAAUCAGCCUAGGGGAUGAGGUUGGCAGCGACGAAGACCUGUAUGAGGAGCUCCAGGGCUCCGGGCAUCGCUUUGGGCACCCUGGCGGAGGAGGGGAGCAGCUAGCCAUCAACGAGCUGAUCAGCGAUGGCGGUGUGGUCUACGCCGAAGCGCUGUGGGACCAUGUCACCAUGGAUGACCAGGAGUUGGGCUUCAAAGCUGGUGACGUCAUCGAAGUAGUGGAUGCCACCAACAAGGAGUGGUGGUGGGGUCGCAUCCUGGACAGUGAGGGCUGGUUCCCAGCCAGCUUCGUCCGGCUGAGGGUGAACCAGGAUGAGCCCAUGGAGGAAUAUCUGGCCAAGCUGGAGUUGGAGGAUGAGGAGGACGGUGCGGCCAUGGGGAAGCUGCUGGGACCCGGCCUGCCCUGCAAGGAGCAGAUGAGGGCCAAUGUCAUCAAUGAGAUCAUGAGCACGGAAAGGGACUACAUCAAGCACUUGAAGGACAUCUGUGAGGGUUACAUCAAGCAGUGCCGCAAGAGGACAGACAUGUUCGCCGAGGAGCAGCUCCACACCAUCUUUGGCAACAUUGAGGAAAUAUACCGGUUUCAGAAGAAGUUCCUCAAGGGCCUGGAAAAGAAGUUCUACAAAGAGCAGCCCCACCUGAGUGAGAUCGGCUCCUGCUUCUUAGAUCAUCAAACGGAUUUCCAGAUCUACUCGGAAUACUGUAAUAACCACCCCAACGCCUGCCUCCAGCUUGCAAAGCUUAUGAAAGUCAACAAAUACGUGUUCUUCUUCGAGGCCUGCCGCUUACUCCAGAAGAUGAUUGACAUCUCACUGGAUGGCUUCUUACUCACACCGGUCCAAAAGAUCUGCAAGUAUCCGCUUCAGCUGGCUGAGCUUCUAAAGUACACAAAUCCCCAGCACAGGGAUUAUAAGGAUGUGGAAGCUGCCUUAAACGCCAUGAAAAAUGUUGCCAGGCUGAUCAAUGAGCGGAAGCGUCGCCUGGAGAACAUCGAUAAAAUCGCUCACUGGCAGAGCUCCAUAGAGGACUGGGAGGGUGAGGAUGUCCUCAGCAGGAGCUCAGAUCUGAUCUUCUCAGGGGAAAUGACUAAGAUCUCCCAGCCCCAGGCAAAGAGCCAGCAGCGCAUGUUCUUUCUCUUUGACCACCAGAUGAUCUACUGCAAGAAAGACCUGUUGCGCCGUGACAUACUUUACUACAAAGGCCGUAUGGACAUGGAUCACAUGGAAGUGGCGGACCUUGAGGACGGCAAGGACCGAGACUUCAACGUGAGCGUGAGGAACGCACUGAAGCUGCGCCCAAUGGUGCCAGGAGGAGAGGAGGUCCUGCUGUGCACUAAGAAGCCUGAGCAGAAGCAGCGGUGGCUGCGGGCCUUUGCCGAUGAACGGGCGCAAGUACAGAAUGACCGCGAGACCGGUUUUACCAUUACAGAUGCCCAGAGGAAGCAGGCCAUGCUGAACGCAUGCAAAAGCCAUUCAACAGGAAAACCCAAAGCCGUGACCCGGUCCUACUAUGACUUCUUGCUCCGGCAGAAGCACCCGUCGCUGCCCGCCGCCUUGCCGCAGCAACAGGUGUUCCUGCUGGCCGAGCCCAAACGCAAGGCCUCCAACUUCUGGCACAACAUCGGCAGACUGACGCCUUUCAAGAAGUGAUGCGGAGGAGGGCAACUCUGUGCUCGUGCCUAAACCUGCUUUUUUUUUACCUUCCUUCCGUCACCUCCGUUGUCAGUGACUGAUAUCGUACCCAUUAUUUCAAUGACUUUUUUCCAUCGAAAAAGCACUUUACAAGUUGGUAACAGUCGGAGGUUGGCCCCUGGAGUACGGUAAUAUUUUCGGAAGUCAUUACUGCUAUUUUCAGCCGUAGGACUAGACGUACAAUUUCUCUUCUGCUUCAGCUCCAGUCGUUUCUUAACGCCACUCCUACUCCUACUCCAAGCGGUGAUAUGACUGCUGCAGCAUCUCUUUCAUCGAGAGGAUUUCAUGGAAAAAGCGAUUUAUUUAUUUUUCAGUAUUUUUGUGUUGUUCUUCAAACAAUGCCAACUUUUCGCAGUGCCGGAGAAAUUAACUUUUUCUAUUUAAUUUGACAAUUUAGACAAUUAAUAAUUCUUUGGCAUCCGAUGUGAUCGAUGGGUUCCGCCUACUGCGGGGUUUCUUUUUUACAGACACAUGUCACCAGACUGAACACACCCCCACCACUUUUCAGUAUUGUCAAGGGAAUUAUUUGCGGUUGGUUGUUAGCAAGCGAAGUCUGUAGAGCCCAAAGAUUUUGUCACACACGCAGUCAAUGGAUUGAACGAUACCUGUGGUCCGGAACUCUGUCUCACCGUGUGUUUGCCGUCUUUUGACAUUGUUUUUAAAGUAACUUCUUUUAGCCUUACCUACGCAUCCUGUUUUAGUUAACUCUCAUGUUAAAGUGCCAUGUAAAGCAUCGCCAAGAAACAUAAAUUUGCAUGACUUGUGUUGAAACGAAGCAUUGGCGUUUUUCGGACACACUGAAAAUACUCACUGAGCUGUUACCGUAUACAUUAAAGUUACUGAAUAUUCCCUGCAUUGCAAAAUCGCAGAGCUGAUGGAACUGCAGAGAUGAAAAAUUAUUUUUUUCUUUUGUAUAGUACUUUGACGCUAUGAAUUGAAGUGAUGAUGUAUACAUGCUUUGAUGGGACAAAGACAGCCAUGUCAGAUUUAGUUGAGGACUCUAACAUUAGGAUGGGCCAUUUCAGCAGGUCUUAUGCUAGCAGCCACAAUGAUAUUUGUCAAGUGCCAGCAAAUGAUAUUCUUAAAUUUUUUCCCAAGAAAUAACCAAACAUUCAUAUAUACUACACAGCAAGGGAGUGUAGGCGAAUAUAUAUGUAUAUAUUUGCAGACAUUUAGAUAAAUUUGGUGCCCUGGAAUAUGAUCUCACAGCAUUGUCAAGGUAUAAAUAUUGCUUAUAAAUGCAUAACUGCACCUAUAUUGUAAUAUAAAUAUAAAUGUGUUUAUGUUUGUGAAAUGCCGUAUGAAACUGAAUGUAAAUAUGAACUCAAAGGGAGAUAUAAUUGAGACCACUGCAUCAGUGAUCUGUUCUCAAACAUCAGAUUUAGGACAGUAAAGAAUUCCUCGCUUCCUCAUUCAGAGUUAAAUGUUUAUUUCUGCCUGCAGCGGGAAACAGGUUUUCAGUCAAUGGAGAGACUGAGAUCAUAACAUUUGUUGCAUUUAAUAUGGAUUUACCAGCAGCCUAAUCUUUAAUUUCUGUCUGGAUUCUUUUAGAAGAAUGAAAAAAGCAGCAUGUUCCUUCCUGUAUUGGGAGGUGCGGAUUCAGGGCAUAAAGGAGCCACAUUUGUUCAUCGCUUGAAAUAUCUGCACCCGAGAGCAUCCCAGAAAAGCGUCUCUCUUGUGAACCACAGCGGCUUUUAGAACUGGCGGCUUUAAGUUAAUUCCAAUUCAGAUUUUCAUCCAAGCUCAUUUAUUAUUAAAUUUCUUAUAAAUAUGAAAUAAAUGGCCAGAUGAUGGGAAGGAGGACGGGGAACUGAACUGAAUACUAAGGUCAAAGCUUCCUCUCUUUGUUUUUUCUGAAAGUCAUGAGAGUAAACGACACGUGGUGAACCUUCCUUCCAGGCCUGUCUGUCUAGAGGAAAAAGGAAACCAAAUAAAUGAAAGCGUGGUUUAUAAGAACGCUCAUUGCUGCAGCCAGUGCUAAGGGUGUUCAGGGCGUUCGGUUUGCAUUGACACCUUUUGGCUGGUAAAAACUGUUGUGGUCAUUAUGAUCAUAUGAUUGACUUGUAUGAACGAGCGAUAUGGGCAGUUUCAGCCUCUAUUUCUGGUCAAGCGGAGCAGAACCGGAGCCGGCGUACAGGGAAGGGGGUGUUUCUCCAGCUCACAGGUCUAUGCCCCUCCAUUCCCAGCUGCUUCCCUUUCUUGCUCUAUGGAAACGUAUUUCGUACGGCACACCGUGUCGCUUUGAGAUGCUCAAAGACUUGACGGCAUCCCAUCUGCAGCAUUUUUUACCAAAAGAGAGGAAAAAACGAACCACAAUGACUAAACCAGGGGUUCCCAAACCGAUUUGGUGGCGACCCUCAGUAGAUUUACAUUUUGCUUUACUUUUACACUUACAUUUAUUCAUUUAGCAGGCACUUUUCUCCAAAGCGACGCACAUCUCAGACACAGUGCUGUCCUGGCUGGUACACAGAGUUAAUGACCAAUCCCUUUGGUACGUUGUGUUUAAUUACAUUUUUUAAUUGGACAAAAUUAAUAACAAUUUCACUGAAAAAUGAGACUUUAUUACAAAGUCAAAGAUAUACUCGGCGGCUACUAUGGUACAGCUUCAUUUUGUGAGUGAGCUCCUCUGAGUCUACUAAUAUUGCAGCACCAUCUUUAAUAUUGUGUUCAUAUGAGUGCUGCUUAACAACAGGCUCCUCGCUCCUUUGAUUGGCGCACAAGUUCUAGAUGUGCACAGAUUCUACUAUUAUUAUAUGAAGCAUUUAUGGACAUUUUAAGAUCCACAAGUACUCUACUUUAAUUACUCUUUUAAUAAAUCCUCAUAAUGUGGCAGUGAGGUCGCCCCCUUAUCACACUAAUAUUCAUUUUCCAAAGAUGCUCAUUUGAGUCGUGGGCCUGGGUUCGGGGUCCUGUUCAGACAAUGGGAAGCAGGACAGCUGCAGGACAGCUGCAGGACAACUGGUGGUAUUGCAGUUAGAACUGCUUCCAUUGGACCUGGAGGUCACAUGUUUGAAUCCCACCUCCAGCUGCAUCCGUACAAAAGAUUAGA